AUGGCUUCCUCUCCAAAAAUACUCUCUUUACUUCUCUUAUACGUCGUCAUUUCAUUAGCCUCCGGUGAUGAGUUCAUCAUCAAUAACAAUCAUCUCAAUCUCCCAUCGGACGGCUCGUGGAGAACCGAUGAAGAAGUGAGGUCCAUCUACUUACAAUGGUCCGCGGAGCACGGGAAAAUUGACAACAACAACAACGGUAUCAUCAACGAACAAGACGAAAGAUUCAAUAUUUUCAAAGACAACCUGAGAUUCAUCGAUCUACACAACCAGAACAACAAGAACGCUACUUACAAGCUUGGUCUCACCAAAUUCGCUGAUCUCACUAACGAUGAGUACCGGAGUUUAUACCUCGGGGCAAGAACCGAGCCCACCCGCCGCAUCGCUAAGGCCAAGAACGUUAACCUGAAAUUCUCAGCCGCAGGAAACAACGAGGUGGUGCCAGAGACGGUUGAUUGGAGACAAAAGGGAGCCGUUAAUGCCAUUAAAGACCAAGGAUCUUGCGGAAGCUGUUGGGCGUUUUCGACAGCUGCAGCAGUAGAAGGCAUAAACAAGAUCGUUACAGGAGAACUCGUAUCUCUGUCCGAACAAGAACUUGUCGACUGCGACAGAUCCUACAACCAAGGAUGUAACGGCGGUUUAAUGGACUACGCUUUUCAAUUCAUCAUGAAAAACGGUGGUUUAAACACCGAGCAAGAUUAUCCUUACCGUGGAUCCAAUGGCAAAUGCAAUUCUCUCAAGAAGAAUUCGAGAGUUGUAAGUAUUGAUGGGUACGAAGAUGUUCCUACUAAAAACGAGAUGGCGUUGAAAAGAGCAGUUUCAUACCAGCCUGUGAGUGUCGCCAUUGAAGCCGGUGGAAGAGUUUUCCAACAUUACCAAUCGGGAAUCUUCACCGGAAAGUGUGGUACAAAUAUGGAUCACGCGGUGGUGGCGGUUGGUUACGGGUCAGAGAACGGCGUUGACUAUUGGAUUGUAAGGAACUCGUGGGGUCCACGUUGGGGAGAGGAUGGUUACAUUAGGAUGGAGAGAAACUUGGCUUCGUCGAAAUCCGGUAAGUGUGGGAUUGCGAUUGAAGCCUCGUAUCCGGUUAAGUACAGCCCAAACCCGGUUCGUGGAACCAGCAGUGUUUGA